GUGGCUGGAUUUAGUUCUGCCUUGCCGAAUCCAAAUAUGAAAAAAACGUAACUUGAAUCAUAUCGUUUAUUAUAAUAUCUGGUUUAAUAUUUGAAAAAUAGGUUAUAUGAUAAUGAAUGUCUGAUCAUCAGGUUGAUAUAAUCAGUAGCAAGCGUUAACUGUGAUCUAGUUCAUAAGACCUGUGCGGAGUGUUAAACGUAAACCGUAAGUUAGACUUUAAACAUUUUUAAAAGACUGAGUGAUGUUACGACCUGCAACAAGAGCACCAGAAUAGUUUCAAAUGGUGGGCCGGUAGAGCAAUCCACAUGUUUCUCAGGUGAUCAACCAUUAUACAGACAGAAAAUCCUCAUAACAAUGGACUCUAAUACAAAAACAGGAUACAAGAGUACUGCGCACCAUCACACAAAUGCUCACAAAAUUGAAAUUAACGCGCAUGGGGUGUGGCAAUACACAGCAGACACAGCGUAGGCACUAUACCCCACGCAACAUUUCUCAGCAAGCUGUCGUUGUGAAUUUACCAGACGAACAACCAAUUAACAAUUCUAACAUAGAGACAUGCAGCUCCAGUAGUCAUAAUUUAUCAUUGCAUCUCCCAGUCUCACGAGAUUAUAAGCACACGGGACGUGAACUUUUAAGUAGACCUUUAGGGGGUAUAGAACAAAUGUACAAUAUAUACUCAUCUCAGGGAACAGACAUCAUCUGUCUGAUGACCAAAAUCGAAACGAUUUACCCAGUCACAUCGUCUGCUGUCACAGAGGCAUUAAACCUCUUACAACAAAGACAUCCGUUGUUUCGAAUGUCCAUAAGAAAAAGCCGCCAUUACGAUGACGGUCACAUGGACUUUGUCGAAAAAGAAAAAGCCUCCUUCGAUUUUGCAGUAUAUGAUCGUCUGGACUGGUUGCAAUGUUUGUUAGAUGAGCUGGACUACCAUUCCACCGGAAAAAGUCGGUCACUUAUCCGAUGUCGUAUGCUGAAUUCGUCAUCGAUAACAAAUAAGAGUAAAGAAGCAUCUAGAAUCAUUGUUAAUGAAUGUAAAGAACCAGCUCUAGAAGAAAAUAGGGAAGUAGGUAAUUCCGAAAAAGAAUUUGAUUACCAGGCGACUUUUCUGUUUAUCAUGCACCAUUCCAUAAUGGACGGUGGGUACUCACUGUGGAUGUUCCAAGAGUUCGUCAACUUCCUAGACGCUGUAGUUAUGAAUAUAGAUAUAGGUCAUGUGAAAGAAUUACCACUUCUACCUCCGUUUGAAAAUAUUUUUACAUUCAACUGUGAUGGGAAUGAUGGAAAAAAUGUAGAGUUAAAGGACUGUGCCCUUUCUUUUUGCCAUGACUCGACCGACGAUACAUUAUUGAAAGCAUACAAUAGAACAUUCCGAGAUGAAAUUGAUAUUUCGCCGAAGAAGAAGCUUAGAAACAAUUGCAUAGUUUUUAAAUUUAGCAAAAUAAAAACGCGAACAUUUGUUCAAAUGAUCAAAUCAAAGAAAUGUACUCCCAAAGGUGCAAUUAUUGCAGCAAGUACCCUUGCGCUGUUAGAACUUGUUUAUCAGGAUAAAACUUGGGAAAUGUGCAAUAACUGUUCAAUACCAAUAGAAUAUAUGGCGGAUUUCAGACGAGUAGGUGAAUUUCAUCUUCCGGAUAAAAGUGUUCCACACUAUCCUGGGGUAGCUGCGUUACACAUCCCUCUUUUGGCACAGCUGCGUCUUGGUGGUUCAAAAAUAACGACGGAAAUAUUUUGGAAAAUAGCGCAGCAGUUCGGUGAGUGCCUUGACCAAAACGUUGAUUCACCGGAACUGUUCGAAUGGAUAAAAGAAGAGGCUGCCAAAUAUAACAGAUUUCCGGUUCAACCGGAAGUACCGGGGAAAUCGCCAUAUGUCUUAAGUAUUUCAAAUAUGGGAAAGAUAGACGGCGUUCUAAACUCCGAUGUUUCCGGCCGAGUACGUCUGGUAGAUCUGCACGGUCACUCGAAUAUUCUGGUAGACGAAAUGCCACUGUUCUGUAUAACAACAUUUGCCCUAAAUGGUCAUUUUUGCGGCAACGUUAGUUUUUGUAGCAACUACACGACGAACAAGACCGCCACAAAAUACGUUGGACUUUUUCAAAAGUAUUUAUGUUCAUAUUCAAUGUUAUAGAUUACGGCGUGAUAUCAAAUUUUAUUUAUAGAAAGAUAUUA